CUUUAGUAUCUUCGAAGGACCAAAAGCCGGAAGUGCGCGCCUUCUCCCUGCCGGGACCCAAAGGUGAAGUCCCAUCAGCCCUCGCGUGCCACCUUCCCCUCUCUUCCUCCGCGCUGCUUACGGAGGUGGCAGCCAUCUCCUACUCGGCAUCAUGGCCGCCCUCAGACCCCUGGUGAAGCCCAAGAUUGUCAAAAAGAGGACCAAGAAGUUCAUCCGGCACCAGUCAGACCGAUAUGUCAAGAUUAAGCGGAACUGGCGGAAACCCAGAGGCAUUGACAACAGGGUACGCAGGAGAUUCAAGGGCCAGAUCUUGAUGCCCAACAUUGGUUACGGGAGUAACAAGAAAACAAAGCACAUGCUGCCCAGCGGCUUCCGGAAGUUCCUGGUCCACAACGUCAAGGAGCUUGAAGUGCUGCUGAUGUGCAACAAAUCUUACUGUGCUGAGAUUGCUCACAACGUCUCCUCCAAGAACCGCAAAGCCAUUGUGGAAAGAGCAGCCCAGCUGGCCAUCAGAAUCACCAACCCCAACGCCAGGCUGCGCAGCGAAGAAAAUGAAUAGACAGCUCGUGUGCACAUUUUAUGUUAAUAAAACCAUAAAACU